AUGACUGUUGAACUCCUCCCGCUGGCUAAUGCAUCCUGCUGGUUAAUGGAAAACUCGAUUAUUUUGCGCGAAGUUCUGCUGAUGAGUAAAACGAUCAGGCGCUGGCAGUUCAGGCAAAUUAAAAUUCUCAAGAUUUUGUUGCAUAUCAAGACUGCAGAGGAUACCCAUCUCGGCAGUGAAAGUGCUUAG